CCGUUCAGCGAGGCAAGGCAACCACUGCUGGAGCAAAACCAGAGACGCAACGGGACCAGCACAACUCCCGCGUGCGCGGUGCCCCCACGCCAUAGCCCCGCUGCUCAGCCACAUGAACGUCGCCGGCCCCGCCACCGCUUUCGUGCCGACCGCCAGGCCAGCGCCCCGCGCCCCGCGGCCGCUCUGGCGCCCCAGCGCCCGCUGCAACCUGAGCCCACGCGCCGCCACCGAGCCGCCGCCGGCGGCGCCCGUCUACGCCCCCACUCCGCGGGAUCGGCCUCUGCGGACGCCGCACAGCGGGUAUCACUAUGAUGGAACCGCCAGGGCUUUCUUUGAAGGAUGGUACUUCAAGGUCUCCAUUCCAGAAUGCAGGCAGAGCUUCUGUUUCAUGUACUCUGUUGAGAACCCAUUCUUUCGUGAUGGGAUGACUGCUCUCGACCAGACAUUGUAUGGUCCACGGUUUACCGGUGUGGGAGCGCAGAUUCUUGGUGCGGAUGACAAGUACAUAUGCCAGUUCUCUGAAAAAUCAAACAACUUUUGGGGGAGUCGACAUGAGCUAAUUCUCGGAAACACUUUCAUUCCCAAUAAAGGCUCAACUCCCCCGGAGCGUGAAAUCCCUCCUCAGGAAUUUUCUAAUCGCGUUUUGGAAGGCUACCAAGUCACACCAACUUGGCAUCAGGGCUUCAUACGUGAUGACGGAAGGUCAAAGUAUGUGCCAAACGUCCAAACAGCUCGUUGGGAGUACAGCACCCGUCCAGUGUAUGGCUGGGGUGAUUUCACAUCUAAGCAGAAGUCAACAGCUGGUUGGCUUGCUGCUUUUCCAUUCUUUGAACCUCAUUGGCAGAUAUGCAUGGCAGGUGGCCUAUCCACAGGAUGGAUAGAAUGGGAUGGAGAACGGUUUGAAUUUGAAAAUGCUCCCUCCUACUCAGAGAAGAACUGGGGUGGGGGGUUCCCCAGGAAGUGGUACUGGAUCCAGUGUAAUGUCUUCUCAGGCACAUCUGGUGAAGUUGCUUUAACUGCUGCUGGUGGAUUAAGGAAAAUUGGAUUGGGAGAUACCUACGAGAGUCCUUCACUGAUUGGCGUCCAUCACGAGGGAAAAUUUUACGAGUUUGUGCCUUGGACUGGGACAGUAAGCUGGGACAUUGCUCCUUGGGGUCACUGGAGGAUGUCUGGCGAGAACAAAAAUCAUCUGGUCGAAAUAGAAGCAACCACCAAAGAACCGGGGACCGCUUUGCGAGCCCCAACAAUGGAGGCUGGAUUGGUACCAGCAUGCAAAGACACAUGUUAUGGAGAUCUCAAGCUGCAAAUGUGGGAAAAGAAAUACGAUGGGAGCAAAGGGAAGAUAGUACUUGACACUACAAGCAACAUGGCAGCGGUGGAAGUUGGGGGAGGUCCCUGGUUCAACGGGUGGAAAGGCACGACCGCUUCGCCUGAGCUUGUGAAUAACAUCGUUGGUACUCAGAUCGACGUGGAGAGCCUGUUCCCAAUUCCAUUUCUCAAGCCCCCUGGUCUGUAGGUUUAUUCAGAGGAACUGUGAAGAAAUUGAAGCCAGUGUAGGUUCUUUUGGCUUUAGUUCUGCAAUCAACCGGCCCUGUUCUUCUCUCUGAAAAGAAAAGAAAAAAAACUUGCCCUGUUCUGAGCAUGUUGGCUCAGCAGUUGGUGAUGCAUACAGAUUAAGUUCCCAAUGGCUCUGAAAAGCGCCACUCCAUCACCUCUUGGCUUAGUUUCCAUGUUACCGAAGAUGAAUCCUGUUUAAGGUGGAAUUGUAUUUUUCUUUUGAACAGGGGAAAAGCCAAAAUAGGAGAAGGGCCCAGAACUUGCGCACUGUUCUAA